UCCGCCCGGUCCACGGCACUUGUCCUCUGAGAGCGGCGCCCCACCGUCGCUUUUAGGACGUCUUUGUUGUACACCUUAUACUUAACAAGCUUAGAACAUUAAUAAUGUUAACAACUUCGCUAACCGCGUUCAUCGCGGUCUUAGUCGCAACCAGCGCUGAAUCUUCAACGGACACAAAAGAUGGUGGCCCAAUGGCUGAACUGCCGGAAAACUGGGACCAAACAAAAGAUGAUACACAGUCCCUAUUUCUGAAUAAAAGUGACAAAAAUGAUCUGGAACCCUAUCCCCUAGCGCUCAGUGAAGAAGGCAAUUCAGAAGGGUAUGAUCAAACGGUAGAACAACGCUAUGACUCCCCCCAAGCGACUGGAGAGCUUGACAAUUUGAUUAUGAGACCAGAAUUAUACGCUGAACCACCAGCUAUGGAAGGUUUGUCUGUGGGUUAUGAUUCCCGACGGCGAAAGCGUGGCAGCGGUACCAAAGUCGGCGGAGCUGGUGCCGCUACAAAGGUUGCAACAAAAUCUGGAUCGGGAAAGAAAAACCUUAAGGCAAAUGAUGCUCCGUUACCGGUGGAUUCGGCGAUACAUGAACAUGACACUAACCGGCGCAAACGUGGCAGUGGCACUAAAGUUGGUGGCGCAGCUGCGUCUGCCAAAUCUGCAACAAAAAAUUCCGGGGGCAACAAAAAGAACUUCAGACCUAUCUCAGAACGUCGCAAGCGAGACUCCGGUUUGAGCGCAGCUGACGUGCGAGCUCUUCUGAAUUUGUGGGAAGCACAAGAACGCAGGAAACAGGAAUGGAACGCCAACCAAUGGGCAGACCGUUAUUAUGGCCGCGUCAACUCACUGGACGAAGAUCAGCCCGAAGUUGAUGAGAAUGGAGACGUGUGGUACAAUGAGCCGGUCGUUUUGGGUGCUCGUGAGAGAGAAUAUCCACGACAUUCAUAUUUCUCAGAACAAAAUCGAAUGGCCUUAGGUAGAGGAUUGCCUGACAUCUACCCAGUGGACCCCAACGAAUUAGCCCAAGAAGCCCGCCGUAAAAGAAUGUACAUGAACAAGGUGAAACGUUUUAUGGUUGCCCGAAAACGUUCAGACAUGCACCAAAAUAAUUACCGACCUCGCGAUGAUCUGUACACUUUAGCCGAACUUCUACGUUCGGCACCUCGGGUGCAAGAGCAAGACAUCCCUGUCUAUCGCCGACUGAUAAUGUAAAGCAGUAUCUCAAACAUUUCUUAGUACCCAUAAACCACAAUCUGUAAGACAGAUCAAUUUCAGACGGAAAGUAUCAGUCUCAAUUAUUUGUUUCAAAUAUUUAUACGCACACCCCUUGUCCGUGAGUACGCGAAUCGAAUAAAACAAAUGGAGCAAGAGAUUGUCUAGCAUUUAUUUCGCAGUGUUAGGAUAUUAUAGUCUAACUAUUUAGGAAAUAGCAUUAAUUGUUCGUAUUUAUAAUUUGUUCUGAAUUAAAAGUAUAAGGCCUAUGAUUAAAAAUACGGAUUCGAUAAUAGAUACCUGUAUACAUUUUUUAACUUUUCUACUCUUGUCUUGAUCACUACAAAACUUGGACUUUACUACCUCUGUUUCCGCAUAUCUAUUGGAUUGUUUAUUUAAAUAUAGUUUAAUCAACAUUUCAAGUAUUUCAAAUAUAAUACUAUUAAUAUAUUGUAUAGUGAAGUAAAACUUCACAUUUUCGUGCAAAACGUCUAGACUUAGAUCUUAUGUGUAAAUGAUAUAUAAACUUGCUGAAUUAAAUUAGCAUUACAUUAAA